AUGUCUUUCCAGAACUACGAAUACCAAAACCAGCAAGACGGCGCUGCAUCUGCCGGUGCUCCUACCCCUGCUGACACCAACAUGACCGGUCAAGCUGAUCCUUCCCCCGCUCCUUUCGCUGGCACCCCUGGUGAGCCCUCUGCUGCUGCACCUCAGCAGGGCGGUGAUGGCAAGACCACUCUCUGGAUGGGUGAGCUCGAGCCAUGGAUCGAUGAAAACUUCAUUCGCAACCUUUGGUUCCAGAUGGGCGAACAGGUUAAUGUCAAGAUGAUUCGCGAUAAGUUCUCUGGAAGCAACGCCGGUUACUGUUUUGUCGAUUUCUCUUCAGCCGCUGCUGCUGGCAAAGCUCUCAGCCUUAACGGCACUCCCAUGCCCAACACGACUCGCGCUUUCAAGCUCAACUGGGCUACCGGUGGUGGACUCGCCGACCGAGGCCGUGACGAGCGCGGACCUGAAUACUCGAUCUUCGUUGGUGAUCUCGGCCCUGAAGUCAACGAAUACGUCCUCGUGUCUCUCUUCCAGAGCCGUUUCCCAUCCUGCAAGUCCGCCAAGAUCAUGACUGACCCCAUCAGCGGCAUGUCUCGUGGAUACGGUUUCGUUCGUUUCUCCGACGAGAACGACCAGCAGCGCGCUUUGAGUGAGAUGCAGGGUGUCUACUGUGGUAACCGUCCAAUGCGCAUCUCUACUGCCACCCCCAAGAACAAGGGUCCUGGAGUUGGUCCUGGUGGUAUGGGCAUGCCUGGCCCCGCUGGCAUCUACCCUCCUGCUGCCAUGGGUGGUCCUCCCAUGGGUUUCUACGGUGCUCCUCAGCCCAUGAACCAGUUCACUGACCCCAACAACACUACCGUCUUCGUUGGAGGUCUGUCUGGCUACGUUACCGAGGACGAGCUUCGUUCAUUCUUCCAGGGAUUCGGCGAAAUCACCUACGUCAAGAUCCCCCCUGGAAAGGGCUGCGGUUUCGUCCAGUUUGUCCAGCGUCACGCUGCUGAGAUGGCCAUCAACCAAAUGCAGGGCUACCCUAUCGGCAACUCUCGUGUCCGUCUUAGCUGGGGCCGCUCUCAGAACAACUCCGGCCCCGCUGGAACACCCUACCGCCCAGCUCCUCCCCCUCCUAUCUACCCUAACAUGGGAAUGCCCCCGGCUCACCAAUACGGCGGUGGCUUCGCUCCCAUGAAGUAA